AUGACGCACCUGUUCCCAAUGGAUCUGGACGGCCACGUGCAUCCGUAUGGCCGAGACGUCGACGGAUGGGGCAGGCCGAUGGUCGACGCCGCGUGUGCUGCCGAUGAUGACGACGAUUUGGCCACCUACCAGCGCGUGCCUGAUGGCGAAAUCUCGUCCCCGCCCCCGCCCACCGACUACAUGUUCGAGCCGGACAUGGAGGCCACCGACCUCGGCGCCGUCGCCGCCGCCAUCAACCCGGCCGGCGUGAAGGUGGGCAAGGGCGACUUUGAGCUGCUCAGCCUGCUCGGAAAGGGCGGCUUUGCCAAGGUUUUCCAAGUUCGGAAGACGUCCGGGCCGGACGAGGGCACGCUGUACGCGAUGAAGGUGCUGAAGAAGGCGACGCUUGUGCAGAACCAGAAGGACACCGCUCAUGUUAAGUCUGAGCGUCACAUCCUGGAGGCGGUGCGCAAUCCGUUCAUCUGCAGCCUCCACUACGCCUUCCAGACGGAGGGCAAACUGUAUCUGGUGCUCGAGUACCUCAGCGGCGGCGAGCUGUUCGCCUGUCUCGAGAAGGAGGGCAUCUUCCCCGAGCGGACGGCGGCCUUCUACCUGGCCGAGAUCACGCUGGCCCUCGAGCACCUCCACCGCAACGGCAUCAUCUACCGCGAUCUGAAGCCGGAGAACAUCAUCCUCGACUCGGCUGGUCACAUCAAGCUGACGGAUUUCGGGCUGAGCAAGGAGGCCAUUGAGGGCGACAUCAAGACGCACACCUUCUGCGGAACCAUUGAAUACAUGGCCCCGGAGAUCCUGACGCGCCAGGGCCACAACCAGGCCGUCGAUUGGUGGAGCCUCGGCACGUUGAUGUUCGACAUGUUGACCGGAUCCCCUCCAUUCAUCGCCGAGAACCGCAAGAAGACCAUCGACAAGAUUCUCAAGAGCCGCAUCACGCUGCCCGCCUACCUGGGCUCGGACGCCCGUGAUCUGCUCCGCCAUCUCCUGAAGCGCAACCCGGAAUCCCGCAUAGGCGCCGGCCCGAACGGUAUCGACGACCUGAAGGCUCACCCGUUCUUCGUGGCCAACGUCAACUGGGUCCAGGUGGCUUCCAGGGAGAGCAAGCCGCCGUUCGUGCCGAACCUCACCCAUGCCGAGGACGUCUCCAACUUUGACACCCAGUUCACCAGCAUGCCGGCGGUUGACACCCCGUGCGAGCACUCGCUGGCCACGUUCCUGCAGGAGGGCGUCGCGAACCCGUUCGCCGGCUUCACCUACAUUGCCCCCAGCGUCCUCCACGAAGGCGACGCCCAACAACUGCUCGGCGCCGAUGACCAUCUCCACCACAGCAAUAGCCAGCGGUACGUUUUGAUGUCUGACGACCCGCCAUUCCUGAAGGUGGGCACCGAGGUGUCGGCCAAGUUCAAGGGCGCCUUCUGCGAGGCCCGCGUCAAGAAGGUCUUCAAGACCAUCAAGUUCAAGGUGCUGCUAAAAGAGCACCCGGGCGGCACGCACACCAUGGACGAGAGCCAUUUGCGCGGGGAUGCCGUCUACGAAUUGAAUCAGCUUGUCGAGGUGCAACACGGCGGCAAGGUGGUACGAGGGCAGAUCUUGAACAUCAAAGACUACAGCACCUACGAUGUUGUUUUCGAUGACGGCGACGAGAAGCGGCUGAAGCGGACGCAGAUGGUGCUGAAGGGAGCGAAGCACUACAAUGAAGAGCACUCGCUGGACGCACUUCCCCUCUACAACCCCGAACAGUUCUCCAGUCCUGUUGUGGCGAAGAUUAUCAAGAAGAACAAGCUGGAAAACCGGCGCGAGCGCGAGGCGCGCAGCGUGGCGAACACGCCGCGCAAGGAGCACCCGCGGCACGACCACUCGGGCAACUAUAGCGACGACGAGAAGCCCUCCUCCAGCCGGGGUUCCCGAAUGGCCACCAGAGGAAAAACGCCGGCAAAGACGGAGAAGAAGGCCGAGGAGGAGGACAGGCGGAAGUGGCUGCUCAAGAAAAAACUGCUAGCCAGAAAGGCGAAAGAAGCGGUCAAGGAGGCGGAGAAGACGUCAAAUGUGGGCGUGUCUUCGGAAGACGAGGACGGCAGCGAAUCGGGCAGUGACAGCGACAGGGAAACGUCUGAAGAGGAGGAGGAAAAGUGGUACCCUGGCGACGUCGUGCUCGUCUUCAGCGACGCGAAGAAGACGGGCGCUUCUGUGCCGGCAGUUGUCGUCAAUCAGAAGAUCUACAAAAACAUGCCGGCCGCCAAGAAUCGUCCCCUCCUCCCCUCCGAACUCCCCGUCCGCGGCUUCCUCAACGAGGGCAGAUAUUUCACCGCCUCGACCUCCUCGCUGAAGUUGUAUACCGGCGGGCCGCUGACGAUCGAGAAGGAGUCGAUGCGCUCCGCCUUCGCCAAGGCCAAGGAUUUCCACGAUUCGAACGGCAAGACGCUGCCGGCGUCGUGGGACCUGAACAAGCACAUCCUGGCCGACGGAGCGAUGCGGAAAGCCGAGAAACCGGAAAAACCGGAGAAGCCGAAGCCGGAAAAGCAGGAAAAGGCGGAAAAGGCCGAGAAACCGGAAAAGCCGGAAAAAUCGGAGAAAACGGAGAAAUCGGAGAAGAAGCCCGAGAAAAAGGAGGAAAAGCAGGACCAGAGCGACUCGACCUCCUCGAGCGAGUCGGACGAGGAGGAGUCGAGCGACGACGAGACCGACAAGGAGUUUGGCGAGGCCCGCGACGCGUUUGUCGCCCACUUCUACAAGUUCCAGGAGGAGAACGCGACCCCAAUCAACAAGCAGCCGGUGCUCGGCGGGAAGCCGCUCGACAUCUACCGCUUUUACCGGGUGGUUCGUCGCCUGGGCGGCUACAAGCAGGUGUGCACGAAGAACAAGUGGAAAAAGGUGCUGAUCCACAUGAAACUCGAGGGAUGCCCCGGUGCUACGGCCGUAACCGUCAAAAAUGCGUAUAAUCGGUAUCUGCUGUCGUUCAGCCAGCAGUAUACCCGGCUGGGGUGGUCGUUGAACGAGCUGACGAUGCCGGAGGGGAAGCGGGCCGGAAGGGCCGUCCAGAGGAUCAAUCCCUCGGAAAAGGACGAGGAGGAGUCGCGGAACAAGACGAUAGCCGCCAUCGGGGACAAGCUGCCCGCCGAGCGGAUUCAGCUCUUCCAGGAGUGGUCCUCCUCACCCGAAGGGAUGGAGCUGUUCCGGCAGUGUCCGGUCGACGAGAAGAAGAGCUUCCUGCAGACCAUUGGUCCCUACCGCCCUCGCCGCUUCUCCAUCACCCAAGUGGAACAGAUCUCCGAGAGCUUGCAGCUCAAAAACAUGCAGCAACGGGAGGAGCCGACUUCCGGGGAUCAGCCAGCUUUGCUCGCGGCGGGACCCCCGACUCAGGGCGUAAUCGGUUUU